AUGGUCAUAGCACAUACUCCAGUUGAAUUGGUACAAAUAAAAAAACUUUUAUAUGCUGUACGAACAUCUAAUUAUGAUGAAAUACGACUUAUUUGCGAAAAAGGUGUUGAUGGAAUUAUUAAUUAUAAUAAUCCGACUGAUGGUGAAACACCAUUAUUAGUUGCUGUGAAGAAAAAUGAUGAGAUUAUGAUGCAAUAUCUUCUUGAUCUUGGUGCAAAUUCCAAUGUAACUGAUUUCAAGGGUCGAACACCUUUAAUGCGUGCUGCUGAACAUGGUUUUGUCGAAGCUGUACAAACGUUACUCAAUGCAAAUGCUAAAACAAAUACACGAGAUCUUAAUGGAAAUGAUAUUCUCUUUGCUUGCCUCUCUGAUGGUACACUUCGACAACAAGAAUGUUUUUCUAUCAUUAUGUCUAAACGAACGCCCGAUGUCAAUGGAAUGACAACAACGGGUAAACCAGUAUUAGUAGCUGCUUGUGAAAAUGGAGUAAUCAUGGAAAAAAUUUGUUUGACGUUACUUGAACGAGGUGCUGAUGCUAAUGCUACUGAUAGAGAAACAGGCAUAACAGCUUUACAUGCUGCUUGUGCUUCUGGUGCAGUAAAAGUAGUACGUGAACUUUUGCAACGAAAUGCUAAUGUAAAUGCUCGAGAUAUUCAUCAACGAACACCUGCUCACGCUGCUAUAACAUCUAAAGUAUUCGAGCUUUUACCCAUUCUUUCGGCUUAUAAUGCUCGUUUUGAUCUUGCUGAUGAAUCAUUAAAUACACCAGUUCAUUUAGCUGCUAUGUUAAAUCAAGGUAAAGCAAUUAAAUUUAUGGUUCAACGUGGUGGUACAACUAAAACUAAAAAUGUUGAUAAUCAAUUACCAAUUAAAAUUGCAAUGAUAUCGAAAAAUAAAGAUGCUAAAAAGAAUAUUCGUUUAGUUGAAAAAAACCAAUAUAAUCGAAAAAUAAUUUCACCUAAGUCAAAUCCAGAUCGUGAUUAUAAAAUUCAUUUUUAUGAUUGGUUACAAGAACGAUAUGAUAGGCUUUUACGUCGAUUUCAUCGAAUAGAAAAUAUUAGUACACAUCGAAUUACACCAAAUGAUUUAAAACAAAUUAUUCAAGAAGAAGGUUUUACUCAAAUAACAUUGGAUGAUCUUCAUGAUCUUAUUAUUCAACAUGAAACAAAUCCAAAUGAAAUUGAUUAUCAAACAUUUUUAUCUGGAAAAUUAUUUAUUGAAAAACCAUUUCUUAAGCAAGCAUUUCUUCAAAAAACAAAUAAAAAUAAAAAUAAAAAAAUGAAAAAAAUAAAAAAACAAUUAGCAAUACCAAUAGCAAUACAUAAUGAAGGACCUCGAACAUCACAUGGCAAUCCACCUUUAGUUUACAUAAAAAAACAUCAAUUUAUUACCGAUCAAAAUCGAUUUAAUCGUGAUCAAACUCCGAAACAUAUCAUUAAUGAUGAUUCAGUAUAUUAUAUUGACAAAAUUGAUCCUCAAUUUGUACAUAUUAAUAAUGCUGUUUAUCGAGGUGAUCUACAUACACUUCUUGAUGCAUUCAAAUCAGACAUUCGAGAUAAAUUUUAUAAAACGCCAUUGAUGAUCGCUGCUGCAAAUGGUGAUUUAGAAACAACAAAAUUUCUUCUUCAAUGUGGUGCAAAUGUACAUCUCGAAGAUCAUUUUAAAUGGACAGCACUUCAUCAUGCUGCUAAUUCAGGUCAAUUAUGUGUUGUUCGUGCUCUUGUCGAUGCUGGCGCUAAGAUUAAUCAUGAAUCAUUAACAUUAGCUACACCACUAAGUCGUGCUAUUGAAAAUUCAUCACUUGAUAUUGUAAAUUAUCUUAUUCAAAAAAAUGCCAAUGUUCGACAUGAAAAUGUUACACAACGUAAUUUACUCGAUUUGGCUGCUGACUUUGCUUCACCACAAGUGUUCGAUACUAUUCGAACGAUAUAUGAACAAAAAGGAAACAAAAAAGGUAAUCAACAAUCAAAAACUCGUCGAAAGCCAGCUAAUAACACAAAGAAAAGCAAAAAUGUCGAAACGCCAGCUACUGAUAUAAAGCCAGUCAAACUUGAAGUAACAUUACCACGACGUGGUUCAUUACUUGUUGCUGAAGAAAAACUGAUGUCAUCAAAUGAUACAUUUGAAUCCAUUGCAUAUCAUCCAUUGAUUAAAUGGACUGAUCAACCAACUACUGAAGAAUUACUUGAUAAAAAGAUCAAUUUGAGAAGUCAAUUUACAAUGAAUAUUGAUUUUUCUGAUUACAAACCACCAUUAUUAGCGAAUGCUCAAGUUAAAUUAGAACGUUUAGAGAAACUUGAUCGACGUUCAAAGACUUCAUAA